GGAACAAUAUUCCCAAACCCCAAUUCUGACCCCAUGAUAGACGCACAGCUAAUUGGAGGGGCUCUACAAGGAUUCGGUUGUGACAAGGAUGUCUUGAUUGAUAUUCUUACCCAGCGGAGCAGCGCACAAAGAAUUAUUAUUGCAGAGGCCUACGGGAGUUUGUACGGCAGGAAUUUGAUUGAAGACUUGAAAGAAAAUCUUGAUGAUCAUUUUAAGGAAGUUAUGGUUGGCUUGAUGUACUCUCCACCAGCUUAUGAUGCCCAUGAACUCUGGCAUGCCAUGAAGGGAGCCGGCACAGAUGAAAAUUGUCUUAUUGAUAUCUUAGCUUCAAGAACAACUUCUGAUAUAUUUCAGCUGAAGGAAGCCUAUUUAAUGCAAUAUGGCUGCAAUCUGGAUCAAGACAUUUAUUCUGAAACCUCAGGGCAUUUUAGAGAUGCUUUAAUAAACCUAGCCCAGGCAGUAAGAGAGGAAGGAUAUGCCGAUCCUGGAAUGGCAGCUCAGGAUGCUAUGGUUCUGUGGGAAGCAUGUCAAAGAAGAACAGCGGAGCACAAAAAUAUGAUGCAAAUGAUCUUGUGUAAUAAAAGCCAUCAGCAGUUAUGGAUGGUUUUUCAGGAAUUCCAAAAUGUUUCUGGACAAGACAUAGCAGCAGCAAUUGAAGAAUGUUAUGAUGGAUACUUUCAGCAGCUUCUCUUGGCAAUAGUGUCCUGUGUUAGAGACAAGCCUUCCUAUUUUGCAUACAGGUUGUACUGUGCUAUUCACGAUUUUGGUUUUCACAAUAAAACAGUUAUAAGGACCAUCAUAGCCAGAAGUGAAAUAGAUCUUAUGACUAUCAGACAGAGAUACAAGGAGAAAUAUGGAAAAUCCCUCUUCCAUGACAUUAAGCACUAUGCUUCAGGUCACUAUGAGAAGGCACUGCUUGCAAUUUUAGCAGGUGAUGGACAAGAAUGGUGAUGGACAGAGAUACCUCUGGGAUAACCUCUACCAAAGAAGUCAAUGGAUAUCAUGAAUGAUGAAAAAUGAUCACACACGUGCAACAGAAAAUGUAUCAUUGAAUCAUAACACGUUCAUAAUCUUAAUUAAUGUUCCUAAUAAAGUCAGA